AUGAAUUUCUCAAACGAGUCCCUCACGACGAACGCGUCCACCCCCGUGUUGUCUUCGGCAACCACGCCUCAGGAGCCGGCCGUCAUCAUCACCGUGGCCGUGCUGUCCAUCAUCGGGAAUAUUCUCGUCGUCAUAGUAACCACCAGACGACAGACGUUUCCCUCCUCUAGCCGAAUCUUCGUCUCCUCUAUGGCCUGUUCGGAUCUGCUCCUAGGGUCUAUCUUUUCGUUCCUGGUGGCGCCUGCCGCGGCCGGGGAGUGGGUGUACUCGGACACAGCCGAAAAGGCCGUCGCCGUCAUCGGGCUUUCCUCCAUAACGAUCACUUCCUCUGCUCUCGCUGGUCUCAACCUGGACCGAUACUAUGCUCUUAUGAACGACGGAGUUGGCAUCUCUGGCAAGAAGGCCCGAAUCUACCUUAUCUCAGCUUGGACUGGGACCUACGCCUGUACAAACCGUGUGGAUGUGGUCCAGCAGAACAUAGAGAUGGGUAUUCUGUAA